UCACGGGCGGUGCUUCGCCCCGGGGCGGGACAGGAGGCGGGCGGGAGAAGGCAGGCGCAAGCUGACGGGCGGGCGCCUGUCCGGACAGAGGAGAGCCGGGCAGCGGGGCGGGAGGAGGGGGAGAAGGAGGAGGAGCGGCCGGGAGCCAAUCGGCAGCGCGGCGCCUGCGCAGUGCUGAGUUGGCGGCGGCGCGCGGGACGCACGGAAAAGUGCUCUGGCGCGGAAGUGGAGGAGCGGCGGCGGCGGACUCCGGUGGCCCGCAGAUGGAAACAGUAGACGAUGACUUUAUGGAUUCCUUCACACCUCCACUUCUCAGUGACAGCCUGCAGAUGGCAAUGGAGGUGGAGAAUGAGAAGUCAAAUCCUCCUUGUUUUUCCUGCAUUUUUGACAACCAAAAUGGAGGGAAAAGCUUCUCUGCAGAAUCUUACUUAGCAAGUGGGUCUCUUAAAAGGGUUUUGCUGAGACUGGAUCCUUCUCCCAAUGACUAUGAAGAAGAUGCAGUAGAAAUGUUUGGCUUUCAGUGGGUUACUGAAACUGCAUUAGUUGAGUCCUGUGGACUUCUCUUUGGAUUACUUAGGCAACAAAUAUACAAACUGGAGGACCUAAUAGAAAUGAAUUCUUCUGACUUUGGUCAAGCUGCCAACUUGCACUCAGAAGCAGAGAACAUCAGACGUCUAUGUAUAGACUUCUUGCAUUAUGUGAAAGUUUUCAUCUUCAGGUAUCUAGAGCCCUCUAAAAUGGAAAACGAUGGAAUACUCCACCCAUAUGAGGAACUAGAAGCACAGUUCCCAUCAGUGUUGGUGGAAGAGCUUCAUUCUUUGACCCUACACAUUGGUCACCUUUGUGAGCUCCCUAGUAGUGUCCUGGCAGCAUUUACCAUUCAACAUCAAGCAAAGAUCUUUCCACCAUCAUGGCACUUACUACAUCUCCAUUUGGAUAUCCAUUGGCUAGUGCUAGAAAUUCUUCAUGUACUAAGUGAAAAAAUGAUGAGGCAAGUUGUAUAUGCUAACCAUUUCAUAAAUCUAACUGGGGAGAAUUUAACCAAUAUCAGUUUAUUUGAAAAACACUGUGAAAAUCUUGUAUCUGAUUUAAUAAGCUUGUCCAUCCAGAAGUAUACCAAGGUAAGACCUUCUGAGGCUCUUACUAGUCACCAUUAUCCCUGCAACUGCAUUAAGGAAUUGUGGGUUCUACUUAUUCAGCUGAUGGACUUCAGAAAUAAAGGAUCUCAAGCAGAGUGUUUCUGGAACUUGGUGAACAAAAAUCUAAAGAGCAUCUUUGAGAGACCUGAAAGCAGGUCUGUUUGUGAAACAGCUCAGUGUAAAGAUCCACUGAGUUUUAGCUUGUGGAUUGUUACUCAUCUGGCAUCUCUCUACCAGUUUGACCGUAAUGGAAACCUAGAAGACAAGAAACAUAAGGAAUCCAAUUGGAAGUUUGUGGAGGAACUGCUUAAAAAUUCCAUCGGUGCUCAAACUGGUGUGUUAGAGGAACAGUUACGAAUGCAUCUUCAGUGCUGUUUGACUUUGUGUCAUUUCUGGGACUGGAACCUAUCUGUCGUUACCAUACUCUGGGAUUAUUACAGCAAGAAUCUGAACAGUUGCUUUACUGUUCCUUGGCUUGGUCUGAAGGGUCUGGCAAGUAUUAGUAAAACUUCUUUGUCAAUGCUUGAGUUGGUGAAAAGUUGCUGUUGUGAACAGCAGAUUCCCACCUUGUACAAGUCCAGCAACAGUUACCUCAUUUUUCUCAGCAUUUUGGCACGGAUGAUGAAAGAAGAGGCAGAGAACAGUGGUGUGCAUCCUUGGAAACAAAUCAAAGGACGAAUUUAUUCCAAAUUCCAUCGGAAAAGAAUGCAGGAACUGACAGAAGUGGGGCUGCAGAACUUUUUUAACCUGUUCCUCCUGCUAGCAAUUGUUGCAGAAACAGAAGAUAUAGUGAGUCGAGUGCUGGAUCUUUUGGAUUUCCUGACUCCAUCCUUGGUUAGCCCAUCUCAGAGAGCUCUCAUUUGGAGAGGCCAUUUUGCUUUCCUUCUGAUUUAUGUUGAGAAGAAUAUGGACAUUAGUGUCCUAGCUGAGAAACUCUCAAAUGCUUUUCGUGUCAAGGCAAAGGAGUUUUUAGUAACCAAAAAUGACUACACACAGAAACAAAAUCUCUGGACUCUGCUUUCAACAUACAUCGAUGGUGUCCAAGAAGUGUUUGAGACCAGCUGCUACUUGAGCCUUUCUGAGGAAAAGUUGCUAAAUGAUGGCUUUACUAUGCUGCUGCCUGCUUGUCGAGGAGCUGAACUGAGUAUGGUCUUGAAUUUUCUUCAGGUUGUUAUAGCCAGACUUCGGAGUGUGCACAAACGUGUAAGCCAGGGACUUCAAACAGGGAAUGCAGACUCAAAUGCUCAGCUCCCAUUAGUGGCUAAAGAGCACCACCUUGCUGUCGCCAGUGCUCUCUGGAGAAAUUUCUUUCCCUAUCUGAAGAGCCAGAGAAUGUCACAGAUGCCACCUUCCCCUCAGCUUGCAGAUACAGCUGCAGGUUUUGCACUGUUGGCAUUGGAUAUACCCAGCAAAGCUCUAUCAGAUCUUCAGCCACAACCUGUUCUAUCAAUGAUGCAGCUGUUUGGAUGGGAUGAUAUGGUGUGGCCUCACCUGGUGUCUAGGUAUCUGAGUCACCUAAUUCAAAACAGUGCCCUGUGUGAAGCUUUUUCUACUAUGGGAUACACAUCCUAUGAAGCUCUGACGGUGCGUUCUUGGUUUCGAUGCGUUUUGCAAAUGUUCAUAGAUCAACCGAGUGCUUCGCUGGCCAAGACAGAUGCUGAGCGAACAGUUGGGAAAGCCUAUAUGGAACAGCUGACUGAAAUGACAAGACUGAUUUUUAAACUCAAAGAAGUAGAAAGCAUUCUCUCAAAGGCUCGUGUUGAAGAACCAGUUUUAAAGCAAGAUCCUAAAAAUGCUCUUGUCCAAUUCAUUAAGGCUGUCGGUAGAACUUACAGUGGCCUUCAGACGCUCCCUGAGAAAUCUGCCAUGGUACUAAAAGCCCUGGAGUAUUUAGGUGAUGUAUUAAAGUAUGUAAAACCUUAUCUGAAGGCAAAAGGGCCUCCAGAAGGUCUGCAACUUGCAUACUGGAUCAUAGGAUGUCUUGUAAAAUUCUGGGCACCAAUACUGGCCACUUCCAAAGCACAGCAACUCUUGUUCCGCAUUGUAGAUUGCUUGCUGCUGCCUCACUCAGUGCUGCAGCAGGACAAAGAGCUGCCUGGGGCUUUACUGUCCGCCAUUCAGGAAAGCCUACACCUUUAUCUUCAGGGCCUGUCCUUUAUAUGCUGUCAGUCCCAAGCUCAGGGGGCCUAUUUAAAUCAACUGCUUGGGAGCAUUGUUCAACAGUAUUUUGGACGAUUUCUCCCUUCUUCACCAACUGCACUUGCAACUGGGCAGCAUCCUAUGUUGACUGCUCUAUGUAGUUCCAUUACAGUCCCUCAGGCGCUCCGUCUACGAAAGACCACUCUGCAUGUCAUAAAUGAAAACUACAUGCAGUUCAAAGGUAGUGCUCCACCUCCUCGCUUGGCCUCAGUUCUUGCUUUCAUUCUUGAAGUACUUCAGAGAACCCAGACCAGUGAACUGUGUGACAUUGAACUGGUUCUCCCAGCUGUGUUGAAGUGCAUGGUAUUGGUUAACGAGCCACAAGUUAAAAAAAUAUCUACAGUCAUUGUGCAGUACAUGGUACAAGGCUGCCAAGCAAGGUCAGGAGGAGAACAUGCCACUCAGCUGACUUCUGUAUUUAGGCACUUUAUCCAGGACUACACUGCAGUGUAUGAUCACCGGGUAUUCAGCAUUCUAGAAACAGUGGCAGUCUUGGAUCAGACAUUAGUUACCAGCCUGAUUCCCACGCUGACGCAGUCUCUGAAGGAUUCAGAGUACAAACAAGGUCUUGGAAGAAAUGCAGCACAAAGAGAAGCCUACAAAAGGCUCUUGACUCACCUCUCAGAGGCUGGACAAAAUGAGAUACAAAAACUGGAAAAUGAGGCAGGUUAGCAGUUGCUGGUGAUCAUCCUUUCCUCUUCAAUGUUCCAACACUGUUGGUGCAUAAAUCUGCUAUGUACAACACACUAGCCAGGUUCUAUGUAUUUAUUUUAAUGUUUUCUGUGGUAUUUGAAUAUUGUCAUGCAUCCGAAGUGUAACUCUUAAUAUACUGUUGUACAGUGAUUGAAAGAUAUGGCAAAUGAAUUGUCUAUGUAAGCAUAGCCUGGAUUGCACCGUACAAAGCGGGAUUUAAAAAUAAGCACAUAUACAUAAUAAUUUCAGAAAGCUCAAUUCACACUGAGUCCUGACCCUCUUAACAUUGUACUUUGGAAACCCUAUUCAGAAUGUUCAUAAGAAAGUUCUAACUUUGUAACUUCUAAUUUAUUAUUUUAGAACAAGAGAAACUUUUCUGUAGCGCUGAAUUUGCAAUAUGCAGGCACCACCUGCAUGUGGGCCGGUAUGGCAGAGAUAUCAUAUGUAAAUAAAGGCUUCUGGUAUGUUGCACAAAAUGUACAUAGCUGUCUUAACCUUCCACAUUAUUUAAAAGUCUUUCAGUUUCCAGUGUGUAAUCUUUUGUGUUAUGUUUGUGGGUAAUAAAAGAAAAAAAG